AUGAAGAGUUUCAGUUUGAAAUGCUUAGAGGAGAGGACAACUUGCCCGAGCGAGGUUUCUUCAGAGUUAGAAUUUAUUCUCGAUUCCGAAAUGCCACAAAACAUCAGCUUUGCAUUUACCUUUAAACCAAAUGAUGAGAUUGAUGAAAGCGAGGAAGAUUAUGAAUUCAACAGGAAUGAAGAACCCAUUUUCGGUUAUUAUUGCACUUGUUGGUCCGGUGCUCGUACUGUUGGUACUUAUGCCCAUGUUGCAAGUGUCCUAUGGUUCUUAGGAUAUGCAAGGCACGAACCUAAUAUUCGUUAUCCAUCAACUAGUAUCGUUAAUAUUAUUCGAGACGCAAGAAACCGUCCACGAUAA